GCAUUUGCUCGAUCCUCAAAGCUUUCUGAUCACAUGAAAAUUCAUACAGGAGAGAAGCCUUAUUCAUGUCAGGAGUGUGGAAAGGCAUUUGCUCGAUCCUCGGACCUUAACAAACACAUGAAAGUUCAUACAGGAGAGAAGCCAUAUUCAUGUCAGGAGUGUGGAAAGGCAUUUGCUCGAUCCUCAAGCCUUAACAAACACAUGAAAGUUCAUACAGGAGAGAAGCCUUAUUCAUGUCAGGAGUGUGGAAAGGCAUUUCCUCAAUCCUCAAGCCUUUCUGAUCACAUGAAAAUUCAUACAGGAGAGAAGCCUUAUUCAUGUCAGGAGUGUGGAAAGGCAUUUGCUCGAUCCUCAGACCUUAACAAACACAUGAAAGUUCAUACAGGAGAGAAGCCAUAUUCAUGUCAGGAGUGUGGAAAGGCAUUUGCUCGAUCCUCAAGCCUUAACAAACACAUGAAAGUUCAUACAGGAGAGAAGCCUUAUUCAUGUCAGGAGUGUGGAAAGGCAUUUCCUCAAUCCUCAAGCCUUUCUGAUCACAUGAAAAUUCAUACAGGAGAGAAGCCUUAUUCAUGUCAGGAGUGUGGAAAGGCAUUUGCUCGAUCCUCAGACCUUAACAAACACAUGAAAGUUCAUACAGGAGAGAAGCCAUAUUCAUGUCAGGAGUGUGGAAAGGCAUUUGCUCGAUCCUCAAGCCUUAACAAACACAUGAAAAUUCAUACAGGAGAGAAGCCUUAUUCAUGUCAGGAGUGUGGAAAGGCAUUUGGUCGAUCCUCAAGCCUUUCCGAUCACAUGAAAAUUCAUACAGGAGAGAAGCCUUAUUAA